AUGUCUCUGCCCCAUUUCGCGCCCUUUCCUGACGCUAAAGUUCGACAGAGCAUAUUGCCAGACGAGUGGCAGCUGUACCUGGAUUCAUGGACGUCACUGACAGAUCUCUAUUUGCGCCUAAAUGAUCAACAGUUCGCAUCAGCACGGCAAGGUGUUGAUUCACUGGGCCUGUUUCUUAUCUCCUUCUUUCACGAGCUAGCAAGCGACGACAGCCUUGCAGCAAGGGUCGUUACUCUGCGCAAAAAGUCGUUCUUCUUGCUCCACAGGAUAUGGUCGGGGCAGGAUAUCGAAGAUGCCUUCCUCAGCUGGCCGAUCUUGGCGGACAUAUGCCACGUCUUUACAAAGAGUGAACAACUACGGAUACUGUUGCAAAAGUUGUGGAAGCGCAAAGGUGAGGCGAUCGAAAAGUCACUACAAACAGCAAAGACCUCUUUGAUACGGAAUCUGGAUUCAAAAAGACCGGAAGAGGCAGAGAGCACGUUGAAUCGAAUAGCACCACUCCUGAAGGCUUCACCAGACACGAGCAUUUACAUGCUUACUGGUUCCGAUUUCCUCGACUCUCUCUACAGCGCCUAUCCCAAGGUAUCACAAUCGAUGCAGAAGAAGCUAGUCACAAUUGCAUAUCUGGGGCUUAUGGCUACACUGGAGGGUGCGAAGCCGAACUACUCUCUUCUGUCCGAUCAUUUGUAUUCCCUCAAAUCCAGCGAAGAACAGGAGCAGAAGAAGGAUCCGGGCAAGAAGACGCUCGUCGCAGACCUGGUCACUAAUACGCCGUUACUUGAGAAGAUCAGGGAUAGGGCGACUGCACCUGAAGCAUCAAGAGUGAAGAACACAGCAGCAUCACUCAGCACAUUCCGUCAAUCGGGCGUUGCUCGACCCAAAAGGCUUGUUCGUCGGAAGGUAGACAAGGGCAAGAGCAAGGCAGCAGACGAUGAAUACGGACAUGGCGCUUUCACUGGAGAGAUGCACAUCCACCGCAUGAGUGUCGUCACCCAGAUACAGGACCUCUUUCCGGAUCUCGGUGCUGGAUUUGUGGUGAAGCUGCUAGACGAGUACAACGACAACGUUGAGGAAGUCACCAUCCAUCUCCUGGAAAACUCAUUGCCAACACAUCUUGCUGGAGCUGACCGGAGCGAACCAUUACCCAUAUCAACAUCAGCACCACAGUCACACCUUCCUCCAAGGUCGAGUCAGCAACUACCUGAGCGACGUAACGUAUUCGAUGACGACGACUUCGACAAACUUGCUGUUGACACAUCACGUCUUCAUAUCGGACGCAGAUAUCAAAACCUUACCGCAGACAAGGUCCUGUCAGAUCGCAGCAAAGCACCUGCAAAGUCCCACAUUCUUGCUGCACUGGCAGCGUUCGACUCUGACGAUGACGAGCGAGACGACACGUACGACUUCGAAGACGUCGGCGCUUCUGUCGACACUGCUGCACCCGACGGUGACGCCAAUUCUGACCUGUCGAACAAGAACGAGGAAGCACUAUUCCGGGCAUUCAGUAUGAGCCCUGAUGUGUUCAGUCGCGACUCAGAAACGAAGCGAGGCAAGGCUCGCGCUGCGUUGAAGAGCGAGACUGGUAUGACAGACGAGGCAAUCGAGGGCUGGGGCAUCAUGAUGGGCCGUGAUCCAAAGCGGUUACGGCGUCUUGAGGCCAAGUUUUCCACUUUCCAGGGCCAACAGAAGCAGCUGCAGUCCACGGCAUGGAAAAAUAGUCCUGCAGGGUCAGCAGACGAGGGGAGCAGUGAUGGAGGAAGGGGUAGCUUUGGAGGCAGAGGUCGUGGCCAAGAUCGAGGGCGCGGGGGGCGUGGACGUGGACGUGGUGGUGGACGAGGUGGUGGCAAUGUCGCAGGCCCUUCCGACGACAAGAGCACACAGAUCUCGCGGCAGCGCAAAGAAGCAAACAAAAGCUCAAGCGCAAAUCAUAACCGUAAAGCUCAGCGGGACAAAAAGAUGGCAAGAGGUGGGUUCACCGGUUAG